CCUUUGGGUUUGUUGUUAGCGUUUUUGAGCCAGACGACAUCUAGAAAGUGCGCCAACGAGCGACGGAUGACUAACGAUAGCCUCAAUUAAUUUUUUACAGUCCAUGGGCUUAAUGUAUAUUUUAACCGGUUUAACAUGACUGUUAAAAAUACAACUUUGUGAUUAUUUUAUAGCUAACGUUUAAUACUGACAAAUUACGGUUUACGUAUUUACCAGAAACUGUUAAUAUUAAUAAUAAUAGUGAGUAAUAAUUAUAUACAGUCAAUGGUAUUUACAAGCUAAAUUUUCAGAUAUGGGAAUAAUAGCUAGUACCACAACACCAUACCGUUUUAAGGUUAGCUAGCUAGCUACUCCUGGAGGUAUUUUACCAGUGCAUUACGGUAUUUAUGCAACUUCCAGGGCGGACGUAUACGUAACCGUACUGCACUGUAAGCACACAUGCCGGUUGAAAGAUUGCAGAAACAUUUAAACGUUUUUUAUGUUAGCAACAACAUGGCUGCGUGUGCCUUUGCUUUAAAGCUUUUACCGUUGGUGGUAACAGGAAGGUUUUGUAGCAGAACACUUCGUCCUUUACGCUCAGCUGUCCGUGCGUUCUCGUGCACUGUAACUCGUUCCCAACUACACGGAUUGGAGGGGACCAGGGCUUUGGCAGGCAAAGUAGACCGGUUCGGCGGAGUGACAGUGGACCUGGCGGACAUCGGUUUACCCUCGGACAUCAGCGAAAGCUCAUUCAGCAUAUUGCUUCAAGAUUCUUUGGCCCAGUGGAAAACAGAGGGGAAGGUUGCAGUGUGGCUUCGGGUACCUAUCUCACUGAGUCGAUGUGCUGCCGCUGCCUCUACUCACGGCUUCACCUUCCAUCACGCCAAACACGACCACGCUGUGUUGGCCCUCUGGUUGGGGGAAGGGGAAAGCAGACUGCCGGGGUGUGCAACUCACCAAAUUGGAGUAGCAGGUGCCGUUGUUGAUGAAUCCAACGGAAAGGUUCUUGUGGUCCAAGACAGAAACAAGACAAAGAAUGCUUGGAAGUUUCCCGGUGGCUUGUCUGACCUAGGAGAAAAUAUUGGUGCCACUGCCGUUCGUGAAGUCUUUGAGGAAACCGGCGUUCACGCUGAGUUUAGAUCUCUGCUCAGCAUCCGACAGCAGCACAACCACCCAGGCGCCUUCGGCAUGUCGGACAUGUACGUCAUCUGCCGACUCGGCCCUCUGACCUACGACAUUAACUUCUGUACUCAGGAGUGUCUGCGCUGCGAGUGGCUGGACCUCGUCGAGCUGGCCAGGACCGAGGACACCACACCCAUCACGUCUCGCAUUGCUAGGCUUCUGCUUCACGGCCUGGAGCACGGCUUCAACGACGUGGACCUCAGCAUGGAGGAGCUUCCCGCUGUCUACUCAGGGAGGUUUUACCAGCUGUAUCACAGGCAGCUUCCCCCAAUACUAAAAUCCUAGCAAACCAUCAUCAACCAAGCAUAUCAUGGAUUACUAUUUUGACACAAGGUCAUAUUUAAAGCGUAUUUAGAACUUGAAUAUUGUUUGCAGUGUGUUCUUUCACACCAGCUGUUACUUUGAAAGAAAUGUGGCGCAAUAGGCUGUGAACUAUAACAAGAUUCAUGUUGUGGUUAUUUAAAGAGAUAUGCCACUGCGGUGCCUCCAGGACUGUAGAGUUUUAUACAGUGUAUUUAAUACUUUUUGGAUGCCAUGUUGGAAGUCCAAAUCUGUUGUGCGACCCUGGCUGCCAGCAGCUGAUUUCAUUUUAAAAUCCUGCUGUAUUUUGAACUAGGAAUACUUUAGAUCGUGUUAAUAGGAUGACCACCGGUAGUAGCUGAACAGACACUGGCAGAAUUCAACACAAGUGGCCAGUAGUAGUACAAAUCAGCUUUUUGCUCAAGAUAACUGCUUUUCCCUUACUGAACUAGACAUGAUUUGGAACAAGUAUCUGGUAGCAAUAAAUGUACAAGUUAUGCUCCAGUGCCUUGCUAUGGGGAACACCGUUUUAUCAAAAACAAUGGCACGCUCAGGAAACCUGUUCUUUAUCCAUUUAUCAUGGGAAGAUAGUGAGUAAUGUAAAAGAAUUAGAAUAAACUAUAAUUAGUCCUUGGGUUUU